AUGGCAGGUUCCAACCAGCCAGACCUGAAGAUUCGAGACACGCCCAGUGUAGACCCCAUGUUAUGGGAGACUGCCACUCUUGCUUUACCACCAGCUUAUGUAUACACAGCUACUACAGGAAGUUUCCAAACUCAACUCUCUUGGAGUGAUACACCCUUAACGAAUUUUGAUGUGCUGGUACCUCUUACACUGGGCAUCAAAUAUGGCAAAGACUUAACGCUCAAACCUGGCGACCCUGCAACAACGAUGGGUACUGUCGCCUUGUCAGUAGCUCAGGAACCCAACCUUCAGAUCUUGUUUCAGUCUGUUGUAGCUGGGGUUACCCCAUCUACGGGUAUCGCGCCAUCAUCUAGUGCUACUCCCGGCGCAUCGAUUACAUCGACUCCCUCACAACCAUCCGCUUCUGUUCCGACAUCAGAAACAGCUGCAUCGACCUCAGCUGUCACGUCGGGUUCUCAACCCAAGACAACCAACGGGGGACUCUCGACAGGCGCGACCGCCGGUAUUGCGAUUGGAUGCCUUGCUGCAGGGGCCUUGCUUGCUGGGCUCAUUCUGUGGUUCUGUUGGCGUAGAAGAGGGUCAAAAACGCAGUACUCUGACACGAAUACAUAUGCGUUGGCUUCGAAUGAGAAAGGGUUCUCUGCGAAUGCCAUACCAUUGACCGGGGAACCAUCAUCAGCGUAUACCUCUGGAGGUGGACUUCCCCAGCCAUUAGAAGAUAAGGCCAUCUCUGGCGAUGUCUCGAAAAUAAGCAACGCUAUCAAGAAUCACGUCCAAAGUUAUUAUCACACCAGCCAUGUUAGCCCUGGCUUGAUCGAUUGCGACGAUCUUCAAGCACUAGGAUCAAGUCUACCAAUAUCGGUCGGAACGCUCACUACAUUGAUGGGAAACGCUGCGACUAGAGAGAUUGCUCUGAGGUUCAUCAUCGCUUGGGUUGUCGUCUCGAAAAUUCAACCUUCCAAGGAUCCCUCAAAGAGCCUUCUGCCGUCUGAAGUUGCACAAUGCUACCAAGCAAUUACAACCGGAGACCGCGGCUAUCAAGCUCAAGCUUCAUUGAUGGCACAUUGGCGGGUCAUGACUGCCGAGUUGAUGCAGUCUAGCUACGUUCGCAACCCUUUCAGUCCUUCUGACAGUCGACAUGCAAGUAUACAAGCAACUCUUGCGACACUAGACAACGUACUACAGCCGUAUGCAGACACUCGCAUGAACAACGGAGAGCGCAAGCGAAACCUUGAGGAACUGCUGAAGCGGGUGGCGCUGUUUGCUUUCACGUUGUUCUCUCAGCCCAGCGCAUGGAAAUUUGAGUGGCAGGAGGAACACGGUGUCACGUCAGGGGAGUUGUGCAUUUUUCCCGCUCUUGUGCAAGUGGUAGACGAGGCCGGCCAGCCAGUCAGUCCGCCGCGACCGUUCAGCGAGGCUGUAGUCAGACGGUUGGAUGCCUGA